UUCGGUUCCCUGAGGAUUUCGACUGUCGAGUUAUGUAAACAUUGCUGCUUUUCAUCGAGGGAAUUUCAUUCCAAUAAAUGGACACGUAUGCGAAUAAUCAAGAGAAAAUAUCUGCAUGGGAUCUAUAAAAUAGCCUACAUACAUCACUGCUGAAGUUUACUUAUUCUGAAAAAAAUUCAGUGAGCAGUUUAAAAUGAGGGGUUAUCUUAAAACCUUAAACUGGAUAUUUAAACUCCAGCCUAAGAGCACCACCGUGGGAAAACACAGGGAUUCACAUCUCUGCCUCCAGAACAGCGGUGUGGAUGAGCACCAUGCGACUAUUGAAUGGAAUGAGAUGGAGCACUGCUAUGUUCUGAACGACCUGAACUCUGCUCAUGGCACUUAUGUCAAUGACUGUUGCAUACACAACGCAGCAGUGUGUCUUACACCAGGAGAUGAGAUUCACUUUGGCUACGGAGGCUCAGCUUACAAGCUCUUAGUGGAUCCUGCAGACCCACUUCCUGUUCUGCCAAUCCAGUCUGCUACUUCUCCAGUUGGAGUAAAGAGUCGUGCGCUGUCCACUUCUGUUACUCCUCAGCCUCCUCGCAGGCCUCGCCCUGCAAGUGCAGGAGCUAAACGCAGCGGUUUGGGCAAAAAUGUCCCAGAAUACAUUGGCUCCUCUCAUAGACCAGGAAGCUGGGCCAGCAGCACAGGAAGAGGACUCAUUUUUAGAAAUGAAGAAAGCUGGGUGAAAUGUAGGGAGGAACAGAGUUGUGUGCUGGCAUCGCAGGGUGAAACUCAAAGGAAGGAGUGUAUGAUCUCAGCUCUGAGGGAGGAAGUGUCAGCACUCCGGUUGCAGCUCUCUCAAAGCAACCAGAAUGACCCAGACAUCAGACACAAGUUGCGUAACCUGACCAGAGACAUCCAGGAAAAAAAAGAAGAGAUCCAACAUCUAAAGGAGCAGAUGCUGGAGAUGCAGGCAAGAACUGGUGAGCUAAAUGCUCAGGCUGUAGCAGAGAGAGAUCAGAGGAUCAGCGAUCUCAAAAAACAGCUAGAUAAGCUGAAGAGUGAAAACAGCAAGUCAACAGCACUGACCAGCAGCGUACAGAAGGAUUUAUUGGCUCGGGAGAAACAGGCAUUAAAACUGGCUGCUGAAGUUGACAAUCUCAGAAAAGAUGCAAGACACAAGGAUGCUCAGCUUAGUAACAUGGCUAAUAAGCUGUCAAAGCUGAAAGAGACUGAGAAGCUUCAAGAGGAGUUGCUUGCCAGGGAAAAAGAGGUGGAGUCCCUCAAAAAGACUGUGGAGCAGAUGGAGAUGACUCUGCGAGAGAAACAGAGAGAGAUGAAGCAGCAGAACACAGAGAGAGACUUACUCAAACACAGACUGGACCAGAAGACACAGGAGCAAAGUUCUCUGCAGUCUGAGAUGAGCAAACUGAAGCUGCAGCAGCAGCAAACACUCCAGAGAGAACAGAAAGCUCAAUCAGAACUAAGACACACACAGACAAGGCUCGAGAACUUUUGCAGUCAAAUCAUGAAACGGGUACUUGUCACUUCAGAAACAUUAUCAGAACAAGAGAUAUUGGACCAUUUAUCAAAGUUAAGGAAACAGAAGGAUGAGAUGAACUCUACAGUGCAGGAUUUACAACAACAACUGCAAGAACACAAUAAGAAUCAAAGAGUGAUGGAGGAAGAUGCUGAGAAACUCAAGGCCAGACUUACUGAAUUUCAGAGUAACAUACAAAAGGUGUAUUUGGUGGACGCCAUGCACAGCCAAAUAUCCGCUCUCCAGGAUGAGAAUGUGUGUCCAGCAGUCAGCUGGGUUCAGGCUCACACACUCUCUAUACUGACCAGUCUACACACACUGCUAAAGGACACAGCAGACACACUGCUGGCAACGGGGAUUGAGGCAUCAGAGAAGACUGGAGGAGUCUCAGGUGCUGUAAAAACGUUAUGUCAGCAGCACCAGGAGAUCCAGUCACAACUCAAGAGGCUACAGGCAGAGAAGAAGCAGCUUGAAGAGAAGGAGGACCCAGCUGAUGACAUGCAGAUCAAACAGGAGACAAAGGAACAGGUGCAUCAGAAACCUCAGUCUGAGGAAACACACGUAAUGAUGGAGGACACUAUAAAACAGCAUCUGGAGAAAAUGAGCACUGAUCUGGAGGCAGCCAGGAAAGCUGAAGCUGUUUUGCAUUCGGAGAUGGAGACUCUGGAGGCGAAGUGGAGCACAAAAUUGGAGGAAGCAGAGAAAAGAGAAAAUGAACUGAGGGAGAAGGUUAGAGAAGUAGAGCUGCAAGAAGAGCAUUGGAGAAAGAAAUUGAAGGAGGAGAAGGUAAGAGAAGAUGAGUGGAAGAGAAGAGUAGAGGAGGCCAUGCAGAGAGGAGCAGAGCAAGAAAGAGAGAGAUCCAGUGUGGAGACUGAGGAGUACAGGGAGCAGGUACGACAACAUGCUCAUACCAUUGUUGCGUUGGAGAAGCAAAUGAGCUCAGCACUGAAGAAAGCGAGAGAGAUGGAAGAAGAGAGAGAUACAUUAACACAGCAGCUUACAGAGGCACUUAACAAGAUAGAGGAUGUCAAACCCAGUGUUUCAGUAGAGCAAACAGAAGAGCAGCAGCAACUGAAGCAGACAGUGACAUCUCUAAGGGCAUCACUCGGCGUGUCCCAACAGGAAGUGGUCAGACAGGGUGAGGUCAUUGCAUCUCUCAGUCGUGACCUGUCUCACGCCCAUGCUCGCCUCUCUGACCUCAAAGGAGAACUGAGUGAAGAGCAGAAAAUGGAACUGGAGACACACAAAGCUUUAGUAGUCGACCAGAGAAUGCAACUUAGCAUGCUCACACAAAAGUUAGCAGUGACGACUGAGCUUCUUGAACAGAAAGAAGAGGAACUGAGGACACUGAGAGAGAAAUUAAUAGAAAUGGAGGCAGAUUUGAAGAAAGAGAGGACAGAGAACACAGGCCUCCUUCCUCUAACAAUCCCACCCACUAAGGAUGUGGCCAUUAUGGUUAGUUCCAGCAAUCUGCCUAAUCAGGUGUCCAAGUGCAAAGUUUGUCGUCAAGAAGAAAUGAUGCGUCAGGGCAAAGAAACCCUCAAUGCAAUGAAAGAGAGGAUCAGUGCUGUAGAGCAGAAAUGGCCCUGCAAUGUUUUGACCCAGCAGAGGGAGCCAAUGAAACAAGACCAAAAGAAGCAGGUUCAAAUGAAAGCUCAAUGGUUUAAGAGAUCUGCAGCGCAAAGAGAUUCCUUUAGCUCUGUGAGUGGCUUUGCCUUCCCUGAGGCUCUGAGAGAAGCAGCACUGGAACGCACAGCAAGACUGGACUUGUCUGAUGCUUUGGAGCUAAGUGAGAGGACGUAUGUGGAUCUGGCACGUGCAUUGUGUGAAGCUCUGGAGCUGAGUGAGGGACAGCUUUCAGGAUGUGUCCCUCUGAAGCACCUGCCGCCAGGGGAGAGAGAGCACAUGGCCUCGCUCAGGCAGGAAGACUUGGAGCUGUUACGGAGCCAGAUCGCCUUGCAGAACUGCCAGAGCCAAAACAAAGACCUGCUACUUCAAGAGAGCCAAAGGGAAAUACAAACACUCAGGGACAGCCAGGCCUUUGGGCAGCAGCUGCAGAUUGAGCUGGAUAAUAUGCGUUCAGAGCUGGCUACACUGAAACUGGAGAGCAGUACACUACGCCAGACCCUCGAGGAAACACAGACCCAGCUACAGCACUGCACUAACCACAGGAAGAACAUAGAAGGGAGGAGUAAAAGAAUUGGUCAUCAUAACUGUAUACCAGACAAUAACUUUGGCAAGGUAGUGGUCAUGAAGAAGUCGAGGAAGCAGGAGAGGCGGCAGAGGGCAGAGGGUGAGAAGGGUGCCCUGAUGAAUGAACACAAAGAAGAAGAGAGCUGCAAAAUGGCUGCACAGAUAACUAGCGUGGCACCGCAACAACAGAGCACUAAGAUCACUGAGGCUCACUGAGGCCUGCUGACACAGACACUGGUGCAGGUUCUUUAAAGUGAAUGACAAAUGCACUUGAAUCUCUGUGAAGUAAACUGUGCCUGUCCAAAAGAAAUGGCCGUACUUCUCACAGUAGCCAAAGACAUCAUAAAUAUGAUUGGCCAAGCGAUGUGAUAAGCCCAAUAAGAAGUUGAUUAUUUUCCAAUAACAGUGUAUUUCAAGAUUUCUUCUCAUACCAAAACAAUUUGCCAAAACUAGCAAUUUUUAUUUAUUAACAAAGAAUUAAUAAGAAUGUAUUAAGUAAGAAUGUCUGUUUAUGGUAUUGUGAAACAUCUGCAAAACAAGUUAAUUCCUGUAAUAACUAUAAUCACUAUGAAUAACAGCUAUAGUUCCCUCACUAGUUUGCCUUUUUUCUCUUUCUUGAAGUAAACAUAAAAGAAACUACAACUUGCCAUGUUGCUGAAAACUGGGAUGUCUGGCAACUUUAAGGAGCAGCUUUACAUUUGAGUUUACAAGAGCUAAUACUCCUUUCAUAAAUCGUAAACAAAUGUCUCACCGAAACCUUUACCCUAUUAACAAUGUUAAUGUUUAUGUGGACCAUCAAUGAUAUAACUUCGGUGUUCAAGUCAUUACUAUAGAAACAGCUACGAGCUCAGUACUAUAAACCUGAACUACUGCCAGAGCUCACACAAUACAGCAUGCAGUAAAAUGCUAUAAGAAGUUAUAAUGCAUUUUAAAGUGAACUUUGGCUGAUCUCAUCACUUUAGAUGAUCUGUUUAGUGUGAACACUUGUUAACGCAGACCCAGACAUUAGAGGCUCUCUCUGUAAACAUAUCUGCACAGUUUCUCUCAAACUGACAAGACUGUGGCACUUGUAGACAGAGACCAGGGUGAAAAUGACGCAAUGCUAUUUGUCAACCCCAGGUUGUUAGUCCUCUUCAGUGUCUCACAUGCAAUUAAAAAUCUAACUGCGGUGGCGUUUUAUCGGAAAUACAAAGCACAGCAAUCACUCAUGUUAAAAUAUAUUGUGUUCCAUACUCUAUUUUCAACAAUAAAUGAGGGAAAAAAAAACA